CCGCACCAAAGUGAACUUAACAAAAUACGCAGCUUCAUAAGCGCUGUUUUUUUUCUUUAUACUCAAGUUCUCUUUCAGACCGGAGGGAUGAUUGCUGCUACGUGUGACAUGCCAGUAUUUUUGGAAUCGAUACCACCAGUUUUAGUGAGCUUUGUGUGUCUUAUUAAAUUCACUAAUUUUAUUAUCAAUGCUGACAAGAUGAAGAAGCUUCUUAAUACUAUGGAUUAUGAUUGGAAGACAAUUAAUGAUCCAGAAGAAAAAAGAAUUUUACAUUUUUGGGCGACAAGAAGCAGAAAAUAUAGUGUUUAUUAUUUCAGUGCAGUUUGUGGAUCGAUGGUCCCCUUUAUGCUGAGCCCAAUAGUGCCAAUGAUAAUCAGACUUUUUCCCGAAGAAUUGAUAUCUCCAAACAACAGCAUCGCAUUGAUAAGACCAUUGAUUUUCCGCGUAAAUUAUUUCCUCAACAUAGAUAAAUACUAUCAUUUAAUAGUUUUUCACUCGAUCUUCGGUACACUGGCCUAUAUCACCGUAGCUGCUGGCAUAGACUCGAUGUUUUUGGUUUAUGUACAGCACGCGUGCGCAAUGUUCCACAUUAUCGGACAUCGAGUAAGCCAUCUGUCGGACGACGACAACAUUGCUAUUGACUUCAAGUCUCACAUACUGAAUGACAAACCUUACCAACAGAUGGUCAGGUGUAUCAUUGAGCACAGUAAGACUCUUGAAUUCUCACAAACGAUCGAAUCAGCAAACACGAUCUCAUUUUUUCUCCAAUUGGGAAUGAAUAUGAUCACUAUCAGCUUUACUGGAUAUCAAGUUGUAUCAAAAUUAAUUGGCCUAAUUAGGAGCAGUUAUAGUGCAUUCAGUUUCGACACGCAAGCUUUUAAACACCGGGACACUUACCCCGAAGUCAUCACAAUGGACAAUACCCUAGACAGUCUGUUACGUGUCAAUCGACUCCUUUUGUCAUCCCUCGGACAAUGGCCGCAGCAAGAUCGAGUUUCUAAAUUGUGUACACUUACAAGCGCGAUUUUCUUCCUUAUUACUCAAGGAUACUUUCAGACUGGUGGGAUGAUUGCUGCGUUAUGUGAUCCGCCUAUUUUUAUGGAAUCGAUACCUCCGGUGCUGAUAAGUGUUAUGUGUCUUGUCAAGUUUAUUAAUUUUAAUUACAACGCCGAUAAGAUGAAAAGACUUUUGGAAACACUACAAGCCGAUUGGAAUUCUAUCGAUGAUGAAGAAGAACUUGAAAUUUUGAAUUCUUGGGCUAAAGAUAGCAAAAAGACUACAAUUAUGUAUGCAGGUGCAGUUUAUGGAUCCAUGGUUCCAUUUAUGCUAGGGCCACUGGUGCCGAUAAUUUGCAAAUUUAUUCCCGAAAGCAUAGUACCUUCGAACAGCAGCAUAGCUUCUGCAAGGCCAUUGAUGUUUCAUAUAGAAUACUUGUAUGAUAUAGAGAAAUAUUACUUUCCACUGGUUAUACAUUCAUAUUUUGGAACUAUGACGUAUAUAACUGUUGUUGUUGCUAUUGAUACGAUGUUUAUGGUCUACGUACAACACGCCUGUGCAAUUUUUGUAGUUAUUGGAAAUCGCUUGGAACGUUUAGUCGACCACGAUACAAUAUUUUUCAACGCCAAUCUAGAUAUUUCAAUCGACGAACCUUACAAACGGAUGAUCAAAUGUAUAAUCCAACACAGCAAAACUCUUGAAUACACCCAAUUGAUUGAAUCAGCAAAUUCUGUAUCAUUUCUAUUUCAAUUGGGAAUCAACAUGAUCACUAUCAGCUUCACUGGAUUCCAAGCCGCAAUGAAAUUCGACCGCCCCGAUGAAGCUUUUAGGUACGCAAGUUUCACAAUCGCCCAAACUUUCCACCUAUUUUUUGAAAGUUGGCCUUCGCAAAGAUUGGCCGACGAAAGUGCUCGGAUAAGCGAAUAUACAACAAAGUGCGCUUGGUACCUUACUUCAAUGCGCUCUCGGAAGUUACUUCAUCUCUUUAUAAUGAGAAGCACUUCUCCCUGUCAAUUGACGGCUGGCAAUUUUUAUGUUUUAAAUUUAAAAAACUUCAGUGCAGUCUGUAAGUCCUCGAUGUCAUUCCUCACACUUUUGUUUUCGAUGCAGGAUGAAGGUGUUGCUGUGCUUGAUAGGUCGCUGGCCGUAUCAAACUCGCAAACAAAGGGUGGUGAUGACCUCCGUGGUUUCUACCUUCUGAUACUGGUCUAUAAUCAUUAUGAUAAUUAUUCAAGUAAACAAGAAGUAGUUAUAGAAACAAUUUCACCGCUGCUAGUGGAUUUUACAUGCUUAGUGAAGUACAUCACUACUUCCCUCAAAAUGGAUACUAUUUUCGGUCUUUUGGAACAUAUCAAAGAGGAUUGGAAAAUUUACUCUGGAGAAGAGAAAAAAAUACUUGAGUACUACGCUAAUUUGGGAAAAAUUUUUUCGAUUGGUUACGUAGCUGCCGUGUAUAUGGUGACAAUUUUGUUCAUGACGGAGCCGAUAGUUGAACAAACAUACUUCAAAAUAUUUAAAAAUAUAACUAUUCCUAAAAGGUUUUCAAUUCCGACCUAUUGGGAAACGCCAGAUGUUGAAAAAAAUUUUUAUUAUUUAAUUUCAUUUCAAACUGUUAAUACCAACUUCAUUAUUAGCAUCACUUGUGCAAGCGACGCAAUGUUUGUUAUUUUGUUGCAACAUGUUACGGGGCUAUUUUCGAUUACAGGAUAUCUGUUGGAAAAUAUACCAAUUGAAGAUCUUAAAAUUCAAAAUGGAUCUAAAAAGGUGAAGGACAUAGCAUAUGAACACUAUGUUUAUUGCAUGAAAAGCCAUAAAAGAGCAUUAGAAUUCGCGGAAAAUCUCGAGUCCAUUUACGUCUGGUGUUUCGGAAUGGUGAUAGCUAUCAACAUGUGUGUAAUGAGCAUAACUGCAAUGCAGCUUACUACUGGCGCGUCAAAUGUAUUGCAAUCACUAAAAUACGGCACAUUUGCAGGCGUGCAAUUGCUCCAUCUUUUUUUCUACUGUUUUUUAUCAGAGAAGCUUCUGAGCAGCAGUUUGGUGAUACCUGAAUGCGCGAUGAAUGGAAAAUGGUACCUUUGUUCAAUAAAAGCCCAACGGCUGGUAACGAUAAUAAUAAGGAGAAGUCAAACUCCUUGCCAACUUACUGCGGGAAAAGUUCUUGUGAUGUCAAUGGAGACUUUUACAUCGAUUGUCAAAACAUCUGGGUCGUACUUCACAAUGUUGGUGCAAAUGCGAAAUGUGUAGUCCAAAAUUAUAAAUUUUAACGCGUAGUACAUUUAUAAAGUAACUAUUCUAAAUUAUAAUAUUAUAACUAUUCAAGUAAAUUCAUACAUACAUAUUCAUGUUUUUUUUUUU